UUUAAGCUAUUGUUAUAAAUAACAAUGUCAUUCUAGCAGAAUCAAAAAUUUUUCCAAUCAGUAAAUAUUUUAGUUUAUUAGUUAGCACAUGCGUGUCAGUAAAUAUUAUUACACGUUAUUAAAUACCUUAAAAAAGUUUGGUUAAUUACUUUGGAGUCAAUUGCAGCUGAGUUGCAUAAACUGUGUAAAUUGUGCUGAAUUAACAGAAAAAUGGAUGAAAAUGAUGAAAUGGGAACCAAAGUGGAACUGUAUGUAUACGAUUUAACAAAAGGAGCAGCCGCAAUAAUGUCGCAGAUGCUCAUAGGUCGACAUCUGGAGGGUAUUUGGCACACAGCAAUCGUAGCAUACGGUCGUGAAUAUUUCUUUGGACCAUCUGGGAUUCAAAGCAUUCGACCAGGCGGAACUGUGCUAAGUGAACCUCAGAAAAUUGAAAAACUUGGUGAAACCUUUUUACCGUAUUCAGUGUUUUUAGAGUACAUAAACGGAUUAGGAACGUCAAAGUUUGCACCCGGUACUUAUCACCUGCUUAGACUCAACUGCAACAACUUCUCAGACGAGGUGAGCAACUUCCUGGUGGGCUGUGGUAUUCCAAAAUACAUUCUCGACUUGCCCGAAGAAAUUCUCAAGACGCCCGUAGGACAGGCACUAGCACCUCUGAUAGAAAACCUCGCCACCAGUGCAAGUGCAGGAUUCACGGUCGGUCAAAGGUUUGUGGAGCCAAGGAUUCAACGUGAGGCUUCUCCAGAAUAUCAACUGCUCGAGACUGCCAUCGAAGAAGCUAGACUGAAUUCAAUCGCUUUAGAGGAAAGGAGGAACGUCUUAAACGAGAAGCUUGCUAGGAAGGAACGAAAAAAGAAAAAGAAGAAGAAGGAAAAACACGAUAAAACACCUAAAGAGAGUGGCAGUGAGAGUAAUAGCACAGGAGGACCAUUCAAUUAUACAGAAAUGGCAGAUAGUGAAGUUGUUGAAAUGCAACCCACUAAUGGGGAUGUAGCAGCUGAGAUGUUACCGUCUGACCGAGUUUUACAGAUGGAAGCAGAUGAGAAACGUGAUCUUGAAGAACGGAAACGCCGAAGGGAUCCACCGAUAGUAUUUAAAGAUAUUGUAAAAAGCCUUCGUGAAGAGUUUAUAGCUCUGUCUGAAUUAUUAGAAGGAAAGUUAAAUAAUGCAGAGAAAGAAAAUCUUGAAGAGCUCCGUCUAUAUGUUUUAGAAAAUGAAGGUUCAUGGGCUUUGGGUGAUAAUUUUCUCAAUUUUGUUGGCCGAAUUUUAUAUGAUCCAUCACUAGAAACUAAUGCGAAAGUAAAGCUUUUGAAUAUCUUGGGAAUGUCUGCUCUCAAAGAUGAUAUUAUUCUGUUGCUACAUCAAGAUAGGCGAGAACAUACAAUAAUGAACUAUGCUUUUGACAUUGAUCGUCAUCCUGUCGAAGAACAACUGCCUUUAUCACAAUUUAUGACAAAUAUGUUUGAAAAUUUAAGCAGCUCCGAAUGGUUACUUUAUAUCUCAGAAUGGCAACAUAAUAACCAGAGUAUUAGUAAUAUUAGAGUUACUACUAAGGUUGCUGUACACUCUUUACUGUCGGAUUCACCAGACCUCCAAGCAUGCGGUGCAGCUCUUAUUCACAACCUUGCUUGCAAGGAGAAAAUGAACAAAAACAAAACACUACGGCAACUAUUACCGAAAGGCAGCAGUUCGAAGGUAUUUGAUGAUGUUGCUGUUGAAUUGACCAUGGCCCUACUACAAUAUUUCAAUGGCAAUCCACCGGAAGAACAACUCUACGCGUGUAUGAAAGCUUUGGCACGAUUUACUCAAAUCAGUGGACACGAAGUACCUCAACUCAUUCAGAUGAUUGGUCCAGAGCCAAACAAGUUCCGUGGCACAUCACGACGAGUUGAUGAAAUGAUCGACGAAGUUAAUAAAAAGUUACGCUGAAAAAACUUUCUGCAUAUUUUCGAGUGAGAUAAACUUUUUUUAUAUGGAAAAUUCUUAUCAUAUACAAAUUAAUUACUGAUAGAGAAGAUCCGAUAAUGAAUUUUAUCUGUUGAUUUUUAAUUUUUUAUACUAUCCGAUCUUAUAAAUAAUAAUUACACCUUUUAGUCUCAUUGGGUAUUUGUUAUGAUAAAUUGCAUUUUAUAUUCUGUUAUAAAAAUUAUUGUAAGAGACAAACUUUUUACUAAUUUUGUUGAAUUAUCAUUGAGUGUAUAGUAAAGUUUAUAAUAAUUGUUAUUAUUAAUAAUAAAAUUUCUGUAUAAAAAAGGAAGAUUUAUAAUAAACAUAAACGUUAAAAGGACUAUCAUUGAGAUAAAAAAUAUUAAUAUUAUGAAUAUUAUCCAGAAAUAGAAAGCCUAAUAAAACGUUUAGUAGGGCGAAUGAGAACAAUUUCUCACUGAUAUACAUGUGUCAGAUGGUGCAAAUCUAAACCACAGGCAAAUGUAGAUGAAUAAAGUGUCAUGAUAUCUUUACA